AUGGAGGUUUAUUACAAAAAAAAGGCAAUUUUAGCGUACUUGGUGCACAAAAAAUAUGUACGUACGUAUGAUAGACGUUACUGGGUGCACCCAUUUACAGAUUCAAGAUUAUUAAGAGGUGAAUUUUAUACUACAUUCAGUGAUAUAAGAGAAAAUCCAGAAAAGUUUUUUACUUAUUUUCGAAUGAGUGUUCGCUCGUUUGACGAACUAGCAACAAAAGUAUCUCCAAAGCUUAUCUCUCAAGACACGUGUAUGAGACUCUCUAUACCACCACUAGAAAUGAUUGCAGUAACUUUGAGGUACUUGGGAAGUGGUUGUGAUCAGAUAGAUCUACAUUUAACUUAUCGGAUAGGACACUCAACUAUUGGAAAAAUUUUGAGAAGAGUUUGCGGUGUUAUAUGGGAAGUACUACGAUCUGAAACAUUUCCUGAGCUGAAGGAAGAACAAUGGAGAGAUAUAGCAGAUGGAUUUCAAAACUACAGUCAGUUUCCCAAUUGCUUAGGGGCAAUCGAUGGCAAACACGUUAGAAUUCGUAAACCGAAGAUGAGUGGGUCACUUUUUUAUAAUUAUAAAAAUUAUUUUUCAAUUGUUUUGCUCGGCAUCGUAGAUGUAAACUACAAGUUUAUUUAUAUUGACGUUGGCGCUUUCGGUAAAGAAUCUGAUAGUACGAUUUUUGAAAAGACAAAUUUUUAUAAGGCACUUGAAAAUAAUACACUGAACAUUCCAAAAAGCCGACCCCUUCCAGGUACUAAUAUAAAUAUGCCUUACACAUUUAUUGGUGAUGAAGCUUUUUCCCUUUCGUCGAACAUCAUGAGACCUUACAGUGGAAAAGUAUUGUCUCAUAAGAAAAGGGUUUUUAAUUAUAGACUUUCCAGAGCUAGAAGGCAUGUUGAAAGUGGGUUUGGUAUAAUGUCAAAUAAAUGGAAAAUAUUUCAUAAGCCCAUAAAUGCUAAUUUGGAUUUAGCCAUUCAAGUGGUAAAAACAUGUUGUUUACUUCAUAACUAUGUUAGAGUUAGAGAUGGAAUCAACAUACAAGAUGUCAUGAGUGUUACAGGAUUUGUUGACGCAGAACAAGAUGGAGGAACAACAAGUACAACUAACCAGUAUAUUCAAACGAGAAAUAAGUUGGCUGAUUAUUUUGUUUCGGAUGUUGGCAGUGUUCAUUGGCAAAAUAAUUACAUUUAA